AUGAAGUUCUCCAUGUCCACAGUAGACGCUGCGAUUGGAGUCUCACACACUUGUCGAGAGAAUUUAGUGCUACGAGCGUCACUAUCGCCAGACAAAGUGUCGACAAUUCCCAAUGCAGUUGACGCGACAAAGUUUACGCCUCCAGCUACUGUACAGCUCAAGGCUGAAGAUUCUAUUACAGUUGUCAUUAUCUCAAGACUGGUAUACCGAAAGGGUAUUGAUCUCGUGGCUCGAACGAUUCCGCUUAUUAUUAUUGGAGGAAAUGAGAGAGAAGUACCAACUACACGAUCGGGUGACUUUAUGUGGGGCUGUGCCUCAUGCCCAAAAGCGGCAGCGUGUGGACUGUUUGUUGUUAGUACAAAAGUUGGAGGUGUCCCGGAAGUGCUUCCGCCUGAUAUGGUGCAGUUUGCAACGGAUAUGACGCCAGAAUCUUUAGCAGAAGCAGUUCUGGCGGCUGUACCUCGUAUUGCAGACGUCAAUCGACAAGAAUUUCAUGAUCGGGUUGCUAAAAUGUACAAUUGGGAAGCGGUCGCAGUGAGGACAGAAAAUGUAUACGAAAAAGUGCGGGCAUUGCCGGAUACCUCGCUUCUUCACCGUUUGCAACUUUAUCACGGAAUUGGUCCAGUGGCUGGAAUGUUAGCUUGUGUCAUCGUCGCGGUAUUGCAUUUGUACGUGGUUUUUCUGGAGUGGUGGCAACCGGCUGUAGAUAUUGAGCUCGCGCUUGAUUGGGAUCCUAAAGAAAAACGAAAAACUGAAUGA